AUGACUCCCUCCUCAGACAAAGAUGUCAACGGGCUAGAUAACCCCAGCUUUGUGGUUGAAGAUGGAAGCCACUACUGCUCCUCACCAGAUUGUGCUGCCCAGGGCCCAGAGGAGGGUGGGGGCACAGGCCAUAGUGGGACCAAGCUUGCCUACACUGUCACAGAUGUGCCUCCCUGGUAUCUGUGCAUCCUGCUGGGCAUUCAGCACUUCCUGACAGCCAUGGGAGGUCUUGUAGCUAUCCCGCUGAUCCUCUCCAAAGAGCUUUGCCUCCAGCACGACCUACUCACCCAGAGCCACUUGAUCAGCACCAUCUUCUUUGUCUCAGGAAUUUGCACCCUACUGCAAGUCCUCUUUGGAGUCAGGUUGCCUAUUAUUCAAGGAGGGACUUUUGCAUUCCUGACCCCCACCUUGGCAAUGCUGUCUCUCCCCAGUUGGAAGUGCCCUGCCUGGACACAGAAUGCCACCUUGGUGAAUGCUUCUUCACCAGAAUUCAUUGAAGUCUGGCAGACACGGAUGCGAGAGGUGCAAGGAGCUAUCAUUGUAGCUUCCUGCUUUCAAAUCUUCGUUGGAUUUUCUGGCCUGAUUGGAUUUCUGAUGAGGUUCAUUGGCCCCCUGACAAUUGCUCCCACCAUCACCUUGGUUGCGCUACCUCUCUUUGAGUCUGCUGGGAAUGAGGCUGGGCAGCACUGGGGCAUAGCAUUCAUGACUAUUUUUUUCAUAGUUCUGUUCUCUCAGUACCUAAAAGAUGUCCCUGUGCUGCUGCCGUCUUACCAGAAAGGCAAGAAGUGCCACUUCUCUCCAGUCUACCUCUUCCAGAUCUUUCCGGUGCUGCUGGGGCUCUCCCUGAGCUGGCUGCUCUGCUAUGUGCUGACAGUGACCAACGUCCUCCCUGUGGACCCCACUGCCUACGGACACCUGGCUCGCACGGACACUCGUGGGGACGUUUUGUCACAGGCUCCCUGGUUUCGGCUGCCUUACCCAGGCCAGUGGGGAAUGCCAACAGUCAGCCUGGCUGGGAUAUUUGGCAUCUUAGCCGGGGUGAUUUCCUCCAUGCUGGAGUCCGUGGGAGAUUACUAUGCCUGUGCCCGCCUGUCCAGGGCCCCGCCGCCGCCGAAGCACGCCAUCAGCCGCGGGAUUGGGGUGGAAGGCAUCGGCUGCCUUCUGGCUGGGGCCUGGGGCACAGGGAAUGGCACCACAUCCUACAGCGAGAAUGUGGGGGCCCUGGGCAUCACCAAGGUAGGGAGUCGAAUGGUCAUCAUUGCUGGUGCCUGUGCCAUGCUCCUGAGUGGCAUCUUCGGGAAAGUUGGGGCGAUGCUUGCCAGCAUACCCAGCCCAGUGAUCGGAGGCAUGUUCCUCGUGAUGUUCGGAGUUAUCACGGCAGUGGGGAUUUCCAAUUUGCAGUAUACAGAUAUGAACUCCUCAAGAAACAUCUUUAUCUUUGGAUUUUCUGUAUUUUCUGGCCUCACGAUUCCCAACUGGGCAAGCAAAAAUAGUGCAUUGCUGGAAACAGGAAUCAUCCAGCUUGACCAGGUGAUCCAGGUGCUCCUCACCACUGGCAUGUUUGUGGGUGGACUCCUAGGGUUUAUCCUUGAUAACACCAUUCCAGGAACACAGGAGGAGCGGGGGCUCCUGGCAUGGAAGCAUAGCCACAAGGGAGGGAUGGAGAGCUCUCUGCUCAUUUCCAAGGUCUAUGAUCUUCCAUUUGGCAUAGGCACCAAAUACUGUGCUGUCUCUUGGUUUCGGUAUCUCCCUGCUUGCCCCAAAAGACUGUCUGGCAACAAGAGAAUGGAUGAACUGAAGGCUGCUGGACAAAAAAGCACCGUUAAAGCAAGCUCAGAAAGAGAUUCCGAGAUCGGUGCAGAUACAGGGAUAUAAGGACCUGGUCUCAGCACAGGUGAACUCAUCUCAGAAGCAGAGGUCUGAAAGCCUGUCUGCAGCCCCUGUCAUUUGAGCAUGAGCUGGCAGCUGUUGAGGGUGGAACAGGAGAAUAAUGUCUUCCUCUUCCCAGCUCUGCUCCCUGCACCACUGGUGACCUUGAGGGACUCAUUCUUUUCCUCUCUCCUCCUGCCUGGCCACCUCUAGGAAGAACCUAAUCCCUCUUCAGGGAACACCAAAGCCCAAGAAAUGCCUGAGCAAGAUGUUCUGUUUCCUUCCUUGCACUGAAUGUUGGGCACCCCAAGGACCAGCUGUUCAGCUGAAGCAGAGGGCUUCCUGUGCCCUCAUCUGGCAGCUCAAGGAGCCAAUGGAGAAGGCAUCCCUGAUGUGGGCCCUGUAACACUCUCAGGCAUCCCUUGGGUUGAGGCUAAUCCCUACCACCUUUAAGAUCUGUAAUGGCAACACUCACCUUUCAGCUUGUAUUUUAUACUUCAUCCUGGCCAAGGGGAAGGAGCAGACACCUCUAGGUCAUGAUUCAUCUCAUUCCAUGUUCUGAUAAUUUAGUCAGACAAAUGAAUGUUGUUGUAAGAGAGUUAUCUAAGGUUAAUGGGAUACAUUGAAUUCUGAACCUGCCUCUCCCUCCUUAGACCACAGAGGGACUCCAGAGACCUUACUUAGAUUCUUGGCCUAACCCAGCUUCACUGAAAUG